AACGGGUUGGUAGCGUCAGAUUGUCGGGAAGAACUUCUCGCUGCCGCCGGCAUAAUGAACGGUGACAUUGGCUUCGACCUCAACGUCCCAUACACAAGGAACAACGAUGUCGGUGUUGAAGAGGCGGAGAAUGAUGAUGAUGUUUUCAUGGUGGAUGAAAACCUCAGUUUUGACGUGGAGGAGCUGUUCCACGAUGAGUUACUGGACAACGUCAACGUGGCGAACGACGAGGAUUACGAGCCGCACCUAGUCUUGGAUGACGUCAACGUGGCGAACGAUGAUGAUUGCUUGCCGCAACCGAUCGAGCAUGUUGAAGAAGAGAACGUUGGCAUCCCCAUGGAGAAUGCCACCGAAGUCAAUAAUCUCUGUGCGUUAUCGACUGUUGUCCCGGCGGUCAUGUCAACAUAGGAGCACUUGCGUUUCAAGAAUCAAGAUGAAAUUAACAAUUUUUACAAGUGUUUUGCACAUGUACCACUACAUGUGACUUUGUAAUGGUGAUAAUUGGUUACUAGUGGUAUCUGAUCACUACAUUUAAUAGUUAAUGGUAUAUGUGCUACUCUUCUUUACCUAUAUUUGGUUAAUGGUACAUGUUAGUAGUGAGUGCUGGAG